AUGACAGUUCCACAUCCAGAUUUCAUUCCAUACCAAAACGUUUUGCAAAUCAAAGGACAAGAGCCAAUCGUAUUUGACCUUGAAGGUAGAACUGAAGGGGUAGAAGUUAAAAUCCCUGGCGGAGCAAAAUACUUCACCACCUUGAGAUUCAAGGUCAAGAAUAGAAAGUUGGAAAACUUAAAGUACAAACAAGUUGUCAAGAAAGGUGGUAUUCCAGUCAAGACCAAGGAAGUCGAAUUGGGUACUCGUGAACCUUCCGAGACCGAAAUAUAUGAUGUUGACUCUCCAGAAGACGAAGCUCCAGGUGGCUGGUUAACAAGAGGUACUUAUGCGGCAACCACAACUUAUUACGAAGGUGACAAAGAGUUGUUCUCCACUCAAUGGACUUUAGAAAUCACUAAAUAG